AUGACACAAGAGAAUUUGACUCCAGAAGAAUUUGAGAAACAUGCUGGAAAAGAAGGGGGUGGAAAAUGGAAAAACAACAUCUGGGUUCAUGAGGAAAAAGAGGACAGAGUUCCAAUUUCAAAGACACCUUUGUUACAAUAUUACACACAUCAAGCAAACGUGUCUAAUUGGAUUGAUUCUGUGAACCGUAAGCGAAACUUUCACAGGGAUGAAUUCAUUCGCUGUUCAAGCUGCAACAAGAGGCGCAGGUUUCGUCUCAACUGCAGGGACGAAAUCCGCAUCUACCAUGCUGCUAUGAACAACAAAAUGUGGAGUUGUUCUGAUUGGCCUUAUCAGAAAAUAACUUGUGAUCAUGAAGAAGAGAGAUCAAGUGUUAGGAGUUGCAGGGUUUGUCCUCGUUAUUCAUUAUGCCAAGGUUGCUCAUCUUGUUACUGUGGAGGUUGCAUCAAGUGUCGCUUUGAGGAUUGCGAUUGUCAAGAAUGUAGAGACUUCAUGCUAUUUGCAGAACCCUAG